UACUUCGAUUAUAAGUAGCGGUUUUAUUAUUGAGAUUGGCUAUCGAUAAAAACGCUGGCCAGUUUGUUGGUAAUUUACUUCAAAAUAAACACUCUCUUCAGUUUAACUAAAUUCAAUUUAACUGAAACAAGAAAAGCGAAAACUUAAUUUCUCAAAAAAAAACACCGGCUAACAGCUAAAAACUCGAAAAUUGCAAAUGAGUCAUCAUCGCUAUCUACCGCAGGAACUAUGGCUGAGUAUAUUCGAGUACAUCAACCUAAUAGAACUGUGUAGUUCCGUUAGACUUGUAAGUCGUUCUUGGAACAACAUAGUUCUCUGCUGCUUCCAGGAAAACAAAUACAGGUGGCUCAACAUGGCUUCAAGUGGAUCCAACGACAGUCGAAGAGCUGCAAUGGGAUCCAUCGAAAAUCGGAAAGCUGUAUUGGGUUCCACCAGACAUCGAGUCUCCAAUAUGCAGAAGUCUCAUAAAAGAACUGCAGAUGUCUUGCUUAAAGAUUGUAUGCUUUUCAGGCUGCAGUUUGGAUUCGAUCUUUCAAGCUUCGAAGCUGUUACAUUGCGCAAUCAGGUUUCAAUAACUGACCAAGGAUUCCGAUACGCAAUCACUAUGUCUUCAAACCUCACGAAUUUAGUUUUAUCCGGAUGUGUCAAUCUAACAGAUCUUAGUAUGGUAUCGAUCGGAAAACUGACCUACCUCAAAUCCCUAGACGUCAGUAAAUGCAUCAGACUAACAGACCAGGGAUUUAGUUACUUUUCCCAAGGAAAGACCAAAGAUCUGAAGUGUUUGAACAUCAGCGCAUGCGAACACAUUACAGAUAAGUCAUUGAAGAUCAUCUCGGAGACUUUCGGGUCGACUUUAAACUCGGUUCUGGCAUCCGACUUAAUUCUUAUUUCGGACUGUGGAAUUGAGCAGUUGACAAGAAGUUCCAUCUUUUUGAAAUUUUUGGACCUCAGUUUCUGUCCAAAAUUGACGCCAUUAUGCUUGACUUACCUCGAAUGCUGCAGUUUAGAGUUUUUGAAGCUGGAAGGAAGCUUGUUGCCAAAAAGAAGGACUGAAAAUUGCUUCAAGGCUGAAGACUAUGGACUAAAUGGUGAAACUAAAAUACCAAUCACAGCCCAUUAA